AUGGCAUGCAUCCUCAGUAAAUUGGCAGAGGACAUACGGGUUCAGCUGGACAGGAUGUUUGGAAAAGAAGAAAGAGAGUCAAAAAAACCUGCUGUACUUCCUUUCAGAGUUAAUGCAGGAGGAGUGCUUCUCAAACCAUCAGGAAGCAUAGGGUAUUAUGACACAAGAGGCUCUGCUAGCACACUGAAGUUUGUGGAUUCAUCUGUAAAGCUUACUGCGAAGGUGAAACUGCAAUGUACAUAUCCAAAGAAAGGUGUGAUAAUCCAGAUAUGUUGAAUGAAAAUUAAUGUAACUCAUAAAGAAAAUGAAGCUGUCUUACAUGCAACCUAUGGCAUUUAUAGAAAAGACAAAUACAAUGGAAGAACUUAUUUUGAAAAUGCUUCCAGUGACAAGUCCUCAUCCUUCAUCAAGAGCAUCAAAGAUGAUGAUCUUUACAUUUGCUUCAUUGUAGCUAACACAGAUGGAAUUUUGAAAAAGGGAAUAGGAAUUAUUCAGCCAGCGGAUGCUUUUGAAGUGUCUGAGAAACAAAAUAAUACCACGUUUACCAAAGCAGGAGAAAAUGUUACUUUUACUUGCCUUUAUAAAACCAGAGAUUCAAUGCAGCAAGCAAUGUGGGAAGGGGUUAAAGCAGAUUGGGUAGAUAUCAUAAUUCUGUGCAACUCUUCUGGAAAGCAAAGCUUUUGUUCAGAUUUCAAAGAGCGUACACUGGUGGAUUGUUCUCACCAGGCAAACCCUAGGAUCGUCUUUCAAAACAUUACAGCCUCUGACUUUGCACUGUACUGCUGUGUAGCUGCUGGAAGAAACAAAACCUGUGUGAUGAAUUCUACUGUGGUUGGAACUUGGGAUCACAAAUGGUUUAUUACCUACAUAGCUGGAGGGACUUCUCCUGCUGUUUUGCUGUUAUUUUUCCUAUUGAUCUUCUGCAUCAUCAGUGCUUUUUGCAAAAAAAAGAAGAGGAAGAGGAUCACAGAGGCCUUAUAAAAAAUUUUGUACUCUAUUCAGACCUGGGUAAGGUCACCUGACGAGAUGGAGUUACUCAGGUCUCGUACUAUAUAU